AUGAUUGCCCCCCUGCGCGUUGUGACCUUAGGGCUAAAUCUCGGUAAUAAUCCCGUUCUUCCUCUACCUUCUUCAAUCGUUGUUCCAAAUCACUUAUCCUCGUUGACAUUUCCCGCUCUCUUUCUUUCCUCCGUUGGCGGAACCGAGCAGAGGCACCGGCAUUCCGUUUCCGCUUCUCAUCUGCACUCCUCGAUGCUGCCGUUGUAUUCACGGGUAUUUGAAUGGCCCCCUCAGCUGUAUUCAGUGACAUCAUGUGAUAUCCGUGCGCUCCAUGUCCCGAUGGUCCAGGCAUUGAAUAUGGCCCACCAUGCGGUGGGCCUCCGUGGUGACCUGAAAUGUAACCUGGAUGGGUAUAUGUGGGUGUCGUAGGGAUGGGCGAUUGCGAAGAUUGGACAUAAGAGGAAUAGGGUGUAUUAGGGCUGGCAUUUGCCGAUGAUAUGGGUGUGGAGAAACUUGUUGCAUAUUGUAAAGGGGUGGAAACCGCGGGGAAAGGGAAGCUAGUCUGAGAAGGUGGGCCCCCGACAGGCGGGUGGCCGGGUGGAGGCGGGCCUGGGGCGGUAUGUAUUUCGGUGCCAAACCCUGAAAGUCUCCGAGGAGCGGCGAGGGGGAAAGGACUGUCUUGUGCACUUAUGAUGCCAGAUAGACUGGGUCUCGGGGUUUGUCGAAUUCGAGAUGACGGUGGAACCGCUGGCGCUAUUCGACGGCCGGGAAACGUACCACCACCACCACUGCUCCGUAAGGCUAGGUCCGCAGGGUUGGAUGGCUCGACAGGUGAGGGGGGCAAGGAUCUUGGUGCACCAUGUCGACUCACAGCUGUGUGCACAGAUGAUCGUGGGGACCCAAACUGGGCCAAACUGGGCCGUCGAGAACUCUCGACGGAUCUCUGAGGUGUGGGAUUAAGGAUGUUACUGACAUCUAGAAGGUUUAUCGGCCUUUGGUCUGGACUUGCAAUAGAAGACUGUGCUAUAGGCACCUCUAUAGCUCGAGAAGCAAAUGAAGCCGAAGCUGCAAGGGAUGGCACUGAGCCAUCAGCUGCCUGUGAAGAAAACUGGUAUCGAUCGAGCGAAGCUCGGAAGUCUUGGUCAGUGUCAUCCGAAGAGGCUGGUGACCUUGAGGCAGAGAAGGUCUGCGACAUGGAGCCUUUCCCCCGAAGACUCUGAAGCUGCAUAAAGACAGGACAUUGACGGUCUUCCUCUCCCUCCCGACGCCCAAGGAGAAAGCCCGGCGACCGUAAGAGAAGAGGAGGAUGAACUGAGGUAGCCACUAACGCCAACGUUUCGACUUAUAGGUGGCCCCGGGGAAACAAGAGGGAGUACAAAAUGCAGGGAAGUGGUUGAUGGAGGGGAGGGAAGGUUGGAAGGAGGUGGGAUGAUGAUGGGGUAGAAGGGGAAUAAAGGUUGAGAGGAUGGGUAGAGGAGGGUAGAGGAGGAGGGUUGGUGGGAAGGAUGGAGAGGUGGAGGAGAUGAGACGGAAGCUUGGACGAUCCGGAGGGAAUAGGGCAGGAACGUCUGGCAACUGGGUUUUUCUUUCUUUCUAUGACCCGGGAGGGAUUGGCGAUAACAGGGAAAUGACGUUCAAUGAAAUUUGAGCAUGCAAUUGGCGGCAAGCAGUCCACUGCGAGGCAAACAAUGCCGCAUUGCUCGAGGGCCAGGUGGUGGUACCAGGGAUGACGAGAAACGGGAA